ACAUAACAUUCUAGACCGUCGUGGCUAACAGAACUUAGGUGUAUACAGAACUACAAGCAGACCUGUCAUCUUAUAAACUGUAAAAAUGAGGCUAGUGAACAGAACAGAUUCCUCCAGCACGGACUCUGAAUCCAGCAGUGGAGAGGUAAAGCUAAAGAAGAGUGUGGGUUUGUUUACAGGGGUCGGCCUUAUCGUAGGAUCAAUGAUAGGAUCAGGGAUAUUCAUUUCCCCAAAAGGUAUAUUAGAAGGCACCGGAUCGGUGGCCAUGAGCAUGAUCAUCUGGGCUUUAUGCGGACUUGUUGUCACACUAGGUGCGCUAUCCUAUGCCGAGAUGGGAACAGCUAUACCCAAAUCUGGAGGAGAGCAUUCCUACCUCAUGUUCACGUAUGGGCAUAUGAGCAAAUUUGGUGCUAUUCCUUCAUUUAUAUUUGACUGGGUGUCUCUCUUCAUAAUACGUCCGACCCAGUUUGCUCUUAUCAGCCUUAGUCUAGGUACCUAUGUCGCCAAGCCUUUUUUCCCGGAUUGUGACCCUCCUCUUAAUGCUGUUAAAUUAAUAACAGCAGUCGCCAUGCUUCUAGUCACCUUUGUAAACAUUACAAGUGUAAAGGUCGCUGUAUGGCUCCAGUCAUUCUGUACAAUCGCCAAACUACUCGCCAUAGCCAUCAUCACUGUCGGUGGGAUAUACAAAUUAGUAACAGAUGGCGGUGAACAUUUAGCAGAAGGCUUUGAAGGGACAAGUGAGAAUGUUGGCCUCAUUGCUAUAGCUUUCUACAAUGGACUGUGGGCGUUUGAUGGAUGGAAUAAUUUGAAUUUGGUAACAGAAGAAUUGAAGAGCCCUCAAAAAAAUCUGCCUUUAGCUAUUAUUAUUGGAAUUCCUAUGACCACGGUGUGCUACCUUUUAGCAAACAUCGGCUACUUUGCAGUCAUGUCUAAACAUGAAGUUCUGGAAUCUCAUGCCGUGGCUGUGACGUGGGGCGACCAUAUGCUUGGUGUGAUGGCAUGGACCGUCCCUCUCUUUGUCGUCAUAUCAUGUCUCGGUGCAGCCAAUGGUUGUCUGUUUGCCACAUCAAGGUUGGUGUAUGUAGCCGCCAGGGGAGGGAACUUUCCCCAAGUCUUAUCCUUUAUCAACAUGACAAGACUUACCCCUCUCCCGUCAGUCUUAUUUACGUCCUUGGUAGGAUUUGCUAUCCUGAUACCAGGAGAUAUCAGCACGCUGAUGGACUUCUAUGGAUUCUCUGCCUGGUUUAUCUACAGCAUGACGAUAUUUUCUGUCCUAGUCCUUCGGUAUACACAGCCAAAUUUACAUAGACCGUAUAAGGUUCCAAUCGUCAUACCAAUCUUUGUGUUCCUUAUAGCAUCAUAUCUACUGAUUUCUCCUAUUAUACAAAGUCCUAGAGUACAGUUUAUCUACGCCUGUAUAUUCAUUGCCAGUGGAAUGUUGUUUUAUUUUCCUUUUGUUUACAUGAAAAUACAAGUACCUUUCAUGGAUAAAUUUAGUUCGAUGAUGCAAAAGACAUUUCUAAUUGUUCCUGGUCAGACAGAAACCUAAGAUAUAUAAAUUAAUAACUUGACAUAUAUCAACAUCGUCCCUGGAUGUGUGUGAAUUCUGAUGCCAAAUUUGAUGCUGACACGUAUCAACAGUGUCUGACGUCGUGACCUUGAUUUAGUCAUGUAGAUCACGCCAGUGUAAGCGUACAUCCGAAAGACAUAUGUUUAAGCUAAACUUUGGCUAAGUAAGCCAGAAUCUUGUGCAUAUCGGUAUAUAUCUUCAGGCUAUGACCAACCAAGGUUGCUGUUUUGAUAUUGUUGUUGCUGCUGCUGUUUAUCUUCGCUUGAGACACGUCAUUACUAUGCUUGGCUGCUUUGUACAUCCUGCAGAUUUGUGGUUAAUUUAUCAAAAUUGCCAUCUAAUUAUGCAUCCUAAAUUCAUGAGAAUACAGAAAAUGCAAACAUCUCAUCAAACUGAAUCACAAUUUGUUUAAAUGUUGGAUCUCGUGGAAGUUUUUAGAAUGUGAAUCUUUUUAUGAUGGUGAGCUUUUUGAUCAUGAAAGAUAAUGUUUAUGGGGAUACUGGCAUAUUUUCACGGGCAUUAUAACUACUGAGGGUGACUUGAUGCGAACAUGCUGAACUAACAAAACCAAGAGGCACAAAGAUCCUGUUCAGGUCAAUUAUGAGUUUUCAAAUAAGAUCAUGAUAUCAUGAGAUCGUGAUUUCACUAUAGGUCCCGAACAACUUCAUUCACCUUUAAAAAUGUUAUCUUUAUUGACUUCAAUAAUUUAGAUUAACAAAAAGUGAGCCUUUAUUUUCAGAUAUUUUAGAUAAAAAAUCCUUUAGGUGCAUAAUAUAUUACGAGAUUUAGUAGCCGCUAUUUGUUUGGCUAUUGCUAGGAGAUUAAUCUCUUAUCCUGCAUUAGGGUAAAUGUUAUGCAUAUUGAGUCACAUAUUUAUAUUUCAUAUACAUAUAUUUGGUUAUUGAAAUGAUAACACAGCCAUUUAAUAUAUUGGUAUAUAUUAGUAGAAUAAUAUGGUUAUCGUCGACCUGAAUUCUAGAGCACUGCAGUUCUUAUUUAUUAAUUAAUUGUGUUCCUUUUGUUCUUACUCUUCCGGAGCACAUGGUUUUGUUAUCUUUGUGCAUUUUCAGACGUCUCCCUGGAAAUCCAUAUUUUUUUGUUUAAUUAUUGAUUUCGUUAUUAUGUUGGUAAGCUUUGCUUGUUGUGUUAACAUUGACUAAAAAAUACCAUUCGUGCCUCAUACAAUCCGUAACCUAUAUUUAGAUGAUUCGUAUGGCUACAAUUCGCGAUGCCCAUUGUUGGUCUUGAAAUGGAGGAGGAAUCUAACUUCCAGUUGUUUGAAAGCAUUUUGUAUUUAAUAUAAUUAUCAUGCUUGACGAUGUGUUCCAUUCAUAUAUAUAUAGCAAUAAUGUAUAUAUUUUAUGAUAUCGUGAGAAAUUUAAUCCAGAAUAAAUUUAUAUAAUUAGUAACGGUUACAAUUUCCUGGAAGUACCAGAUCUGACUAAUAAUUAUUUAUUGAAGGAUUUAUAAUAAUAUCUUUGAUUUUGUCAUUCUUGUUUGCUCAUAAACGUUUGUUUACUUUUAUUGAACGAGUGAUGGCUUUGUGGUCUACUGCAUAGGUUAUGAUACCAGUCAAAAUAGUACAUAUUUUGGUAAAUAAUUUGCAUUUUAUAUAUUUUUCAUUCAUUUAUUUUCAUCAUUAUCAUUAUUAUUUUGAAUUUCUCUGCAUACAUAUCUUUCAUUUUUUACGGGAUCAUAACGAAAUCCAGAACCUAUCAUUUUCGUUAAUUGAAAAUGUAUUAUCAACCAAGAAGGAUCUUCGUGUUUUAUCAUAAUACCUACAACUGGCUUCGAUGACAAUGAUUUGAUUUACUAUAAAUUGUUGGCAAGGAUGGAACACGUAAGGGGCCGUAGGUGAAAGGCGUGUGUAAGGCGUGUGUAACCCGUGUCACCCGACCACCCAUUUUUUUUUUAUUUUGGUGAACGUUUUUUUUUCUUUUAGAUGAUUUUUUUUUCUUUUUUUUUUUCGAUAAUGUGAUAAAUGUUUAAUAUGCUUUGUUAUCAACGUUUUUGUUACAUUUUAAAUGAAUGUGGAUUUUGAUCUAGUGUCUUAGACUCUACCAAAGCAUAGAAGUUAUCUCUGUGUAAUAGAAGGAUUUUUAUUGGUAUGUUCACGAUGUUGUUAUUUAUUUAUUCUAUGUAUAACUCUUACAGUAAUUACUUACUGGUGGACCACAACACAGAUGAUUAUUAUGCUUGGUAAAGUAACAAUAUAUAAAUAUAUUUUGCUUCCCUUGUUAGUGAAGCAGUUGUUGAUUUGCAAAAUAAAGGAUUUAUUUUCCUAUGAA